AUGUCUUGCCACAACUACUGCUCCAGAAACUACCCCUUGGUGUCUCUCAUGAGUCCCUGUCACAUUCCCGCCGCCUCCUCCGUCGGCCUCUACUCCCCGAGUGUCGGCGUCGGAGAUGCUCUCUGCUUGCCCAGCAGCUGUCAGGACCGAACCUGGAUCCUGAGCAACGGCCAGGAGACCUGCAGUGAACCCGCCAGCUGCCAGCCAGCCAACGGCGGGCCCAGCAGCUGUGAGACUUCCAGCUGCCCUUCCGGUUGCUAUGUGCCAAGACCCGGCCAAGGAACCAGCUGUCUUCCUGCUUCUUCUUACCUCUCUGGGUCCUGCCUCUCCGUGUCUUACAGGCCGCUGACCUACGUGGCCAGCAGCUGGCGACCCUCGAGCCUUCUCCCCUGCGGAUAUCGCCCCUCGGGUUCUUUGUCCUGUGGCCCUCAACCCAUCAGCAUUGUGUCCAGCGGCCUCAGACCUCUGCGCCCUGUCUUCAGUGGAUGCCAGACUCUGCCGUAUGUGUUCAGUCCUUACCGUCCAUCUUGCUCUACCUGCGGAGGCCUGUAG